AUGCUCCCACUUCAAGACAUCAAGACGUGGCCCACCUUGAAUCUAAGCCAAAUUCCAUCUCUCGCUGCAAAACUUGGACUGUCUGAUCUCUCUGAUCUCAGCCUUUUUGACCCCCAGAACACCAUUUGGAUACCAAUGAUGGACCAUGCAUUGCUGGUGGGCACCAAUGACAAAAUCUACAUGAGGCGGAAGGAGCUUGUCUCUUGUGGUCCAGCUUCGUGCACUUUGCUCGAAUACCUCUCACCAACCCAUUUUGAACUACCACGGAGCUCUCAGAAGCGCAGGGUCAAAGGUUCUCUGGACAAUGGCUUGUCUCCCGUGCACUCAACUGUCUCUGCGUGUAGAGAUUACUCUCACAAUUAUGCAGGACUCUCUUCACCACCUUCCAGUCCAUCGCGAUCUUCAUCUCCACCUCUGCCACCUACCAACUGUGCCGUCAAUGACAAUUCCGGCACCCCUCACAACCCUGAUCUCGAAUGGGAAUUUGGGACAGUACCAACUCCAAAGGGAGCGGCUGUCGUCUGGCCACAGGGAAUGUCUUUCUUGGAAUGGUUUGGAAGGAGUCGACAUACCACAAGAAUAGAAAAUUCUGGCUCGGCCUCUCGGAGAGCACUCGACAACAGGCACGGAAGCUACCGCGUACAAAGGAAGGGUUAUGGACUGUCUGGUGUAAGGCACAGCCAAUGUGGGGUUGAUCCUCUCCUCCUCUCUUCUAUUUAG